AUGGAGAUCCCCGUCAGGCUCGGCGUCACGGAGGGGGAGGAGGAGGAGAUGGAGGAGUACGACAGCGUGUUCUACGAGGACAUCGAGGCGCCCAAGUUCGUCGACCUCACCGCGCCCGACGCCGCCCGCCCCACCGACGACCCCUCCUGGUUCUGCCUCCGCGUCGGCUGCGACCAGAGCCACGAGCACGUCGACCCGGAGGCCCUGGACCGGAGCUUCGUCAUGCGGGUCAUGGCCGCCAGGAGCCCCAACGUCAAGCUGCAGAGGGCCAUCAGCCGGCGAAACCAGAGCUCGAUGCUACCGAAAUGCCCUCAGUCCGUGCCGGCGAAGCCGCGGAGGGCCCGGAUGACGAGGCUGAGCAUGGCGGCGGAGGCCGCCGCCGCCGGGAAGGCCGCGAGGGCGAGGCUGAACGACCACGGGAUUCGCGCCUUCAGGGUUUCUCCGGUCCGGGCCAGAGUCGAACCGUCCAGCGCGAGGAAGAAGGCUCUGACGACGCCCAGGACCAAGACGGCGCUGCGUCCGAGGCAGGAACCGUUGUUCCUCAGCGCGAAGCACCAGAGGGAGCCGGUCGCCGCGGCGGCGCCGGAGGUGAAGGGGGCCGUGGUGAAGGCGCUGUUCACCACCACGCCCAAGAGGGAGACGCCGGCCAAGAAGGGCCAGGCUCCUCCCGUGGCAGAGGUCUGUUCCAAGCUGAAGAAGCUCAACCUGGCGUGCCGGGAGGUGCCUAGCAGGUACUUGGCCCAGGUGUCCACUCCGAAUAAGAUCGCCAAGAAGUGCGAAGAGACCACGGCGGCGGUGAAGAGCGCGAAGAGAGUACAACAGCAGCCAAGGAAUGGGAAGAAGAUCUUGGGCCUUUCGGCGAAAUGCGGUAACGCUGAAGCAGAUGAAGGGAACCGAAGCGGCCGUCAGAACAUCAGUGCGGACGAGAACUCGUCUAAGGGAUCUGCAAGGCGCAAGUGGGGACAGAAGGAGGUGCUGCAGGGUUCACGGAUUCAGGUGGAACCAUUGCAGCCUGACAGUCAUGACGAAGACGACGACAAGGAGAAUGUGUCGUGUGGCGAUCAGCCGACCGCGCAAGACUCAGAUCGGCAAGAUGAAAGCAUGAACCAGUUGGAGAACAAUGAGAAUGCUCCUCAAAAGGUGGUUAAACGGCAGAACAGCAAGAUGAAUGCAGAGCAAGGAGGAAAGCUCAAGAAAACCAUUCAGAGGCCAUUCAGGCUGAGGACUGAUGAAAGACAAGUGUUGAAAGAAACAAAGCCUGAAAGAAAACAGCCGAUUGCCGAGAAGAACACCAUGCCAGUACUGAAGGAUGAUAAUAGACGAGUGAUGCAAACUGGAAGAUGCCCUGAAGGAAAGGGACGAGAUAUACUGACUUGUGGCGACAGACAGAAGAAACAGAAUACACACAUUGCCACGAGCCAGAUUGGUGAAUCUAAAUUGGGUUUGAAUAGUACCCGAUGCGGCAACGUGAGGCCUGCACUGACGAAAGGCAAAACCGUCGAGAAAUCUCACAGAGUUGUGAGGACAGCCUCAUCAACAAGAACAGUCAAACAAACAAGUGGUUUCACAGCACCCUCUCAAGUUGGAAAAGAGAGGAAGAUCUCAGUGAAAACAUCCAGGCUCCAAGCAGCAGCAGUUUGA